CGCCGGAAGGAGGAAGCAGGUCACUCGGGGGUCAGUUGUGUAGCUUAUGCAGGGUUUGGAACGAGGGAGCUUCGUGAACACCGGCGGCUGCUUCUGUGACCGGAGGCGCUCCUCAAGAUUGCCCUGCCAGCAGUUUCUCUGCAGUGUGAGGCUCUGUCCAAGAAGGUAGUCCUGGCUGACCAGUGCUGAGUGACAGACUGCUCAUGCCCAUUUGGAUCUUGGGUGGAACCUUUGCCCUCGCCCUCUUUCAGAGAAAAAGAAAUUGGGAUAUAGAAUACCCAUGCUUUCCAAGAGAGAGUCCACUGAAGUUCAAAAGUUCAGGUCUCAGGACAGCAGGGGCAGCUGCUUCCCUCUCUGAAGCAUGGCUCAGGUGUGGAGAAGGGUUUCAGGACACUUCUGGGACUCAGUCAUUAACAGCUGAAGAGAAGAUUGUUACAGAAAAGCACCUCGAAUUAUCCCCUAGAUCCAAGAAAGAAGCUACUGCAUCUAAGAGUACCAGUGGACUGAUAGAUAUAACAUGGAGUUCCAGUGGAAGUGAUCUGUCAGAUGAGGAUAAAACAUGUCUUAAAUCACAGAGAGAUAACGGACAUGGUUCUACAAUAGACAGGCUUUGUAACAGGAAGAGGAAUAUUUUAUGUCCAGAAGAUGGGGCCAGUGAAGAUGAACUACAGUUUAUUGACUGGGAGAUUGACAGUGACAGGGAAGAUGCUAGUGAGUAUUAUGAAUUUGAAGACAGUGAGAGUGUUGGGGAAAUAUCAGACUGUGCUUCUUGUUCAAGCAGUCAUUCUUCGACUAGUCAAGAGAGGCUCUCUGAGCUUCUGAAGAGUAAUACAGAAAUUUUGGAAUACUCAUCAGAUAGUGAAAAAGAGGAUGACUCAGAGAAUGUCUUCUUUAUUGAUUCAGAAUCCUCUCCCAAACAACAUACAGAUUUUGGAUCUGAUAAUAGACAGAUGAUGGAGAAACCAGUGAAGCAGAGGGUGAAAUCUGCAGAGACCAUUUUGUACACACCCCAGAAACAGAAGUUUCCCAGGACUCCAGAAACAUUGGCAAAGAAGAAGAAGCUUCUAAGAGGCGGGCUAGCAGAAAGACUAAAUGGACUGCAGAAUCGAGAGAGAUCUGCCAUUUCUUUGUGGAGACAUCAGUGUGUUUCUUACCAAAAGACACUUUCAGGUAGAAGAUCUGGUGUGUUACUUGUAAAAAUUCUGGAGCUGCAUGAGGAAUGCGCCAUCCAAGUUGCCAUGUGUGAGCAUUUAGCAGGGCUGCAGGCCAACAGCUCUUCUCAAGGUGAGGCCCCCAGGACUAUCCUAAAGGUUCUGUUCACCAAGGAAACUGCUCACCACCUCAAGGGACAUCCCCAAGACAUCAUCCUUAUCUACCCUCCCUGGCAGAAGCUUAUUAUCCCAAAUGGAAGUUGCCCUGUUAUUCUGAAUACUUAUUUUUGUCAGAAAGUUGUUGCCAAAGAAAAUUCAAAACUAAUACAUGAAGUGUACUGUUGGAACACACCUCUUCCAAGAAGAAGUAUCACUUUGGCUCAGAUAUUUAAAUUUAGGAAUCUAACAAAUAAAUCACCUGAAAGCCAGGUUAUGUGUAGUGGUCUCCCUGCCAUGAGGACAGACUGCACCCCUGGACACGAGGAGGCCAAACAGUGCUUCCCAGCCCAAGCUCCCCUGAGGGAUUCUCUUCUGGAUGCAGUGGAAAGCCAGGGAGCUGCCACAUGGACAGGAGUCAGGGUCCGAGUGGUGGUACAGAGAGUUUACUCUCUUCCCUGUACCUAUCAGCAGGGAAGUAGCUCAGCUGCUUCACCUGGCUCAGGUCCACCCAGAGUUCGAGUGUGCCUUCUCGUGCAAGAUGCCUAUGGAAUGUUCAGUGAAGUCUACUCUGAGGGCUCCAUCUUAAAGGACCAACAGUUGGAAGGGAAGUCCUGCAGCCUGAUGGGAAUGAAGGUUCUACAGAAGGCCACCAGAGGAAGGAGUUACUGCUUGGUCACCUCCCCUUCUCCACCUGGGCACCCAAAGGUCACAGUGCUACUCACUGCAGUGUCUAUGCCCAGGACUCUGGGGUUCCUGCUGACCUAUGUCCCACCAGAAAGGACAGCGGGGCUUUUCAGUUUGAUCGAUACCAUGUGGCCCCCAGUGAUGCCUCUAAAAGCACCUGGCCAUGGCCAAACCUGUGAAGAGGUAAAAACCCAUGUGCCUCCUCCUAGCUUCUGUUACAUCCUCAGUGCUCAUCCCAAUGUGGGACAAAUUGAUAUAAUUGAAGGAGACCCUAUUUCUAAGCUUUACCAGCCUCCAGUUCCCCACUUCUUAAGAGAAAUUCUCCAGACUGCUGAUCUUAGUACCCGUUGCAGUUUCUACGCCAGAGUGAUUUAUCAGAGACCACAGCAAACGGAGAUUUGGCUGAUGGUGACUGAUGUCACCCUACAAAUGCAAGAUGAGAAUAACUCUGGCCUCCCCAAAACCGUGCCAGUCUGUGUGGCUCCCUCAUGUGUGCUGAGCCAGGAAGUCCGGGAAGCGCUUACCGAGGCUGCCCCUCACUGCUUUCUCUUCAGGGACGCUCUCCGAACCCAGGCAGGUCGAUUUGUUUGUGUUGAACGAAGUGUCCUCCUGCUUCAGAAGCCCCUUCUGGGUGUGGACUCUGGCGCUCACUCCUGUGAACUGACUGGCCCCGUAAAGCUCAGUGAACUGGAUUCUAUCACUCAGGUCAACUCUAUUUGCUGCCUUCAAGGUACUGUGGUUGGUGUGGACGAGAGCACUGCCUUCUCAUGGCCCACGUGCGACCUGUGCGGCAACGAGAGACUGGACCAGAGCCCGGGAGACAGAGGCGCCUUCUCCUGCAGGGACUGCUCCCAUGUGGUCACCUCUCCUGUCCUCAGAAGGCACCUGCAGGUGUUCCUGGACUGUCCGACUCGGCCCCAGUGCGCCGUGCGGGUCAAGCUGUCCCAGACCAGCAUUGCUUCACUCCUGAGCUUGGCCGCCUGCGAAGAUGGGGUAAGUCGAGCAAGUGCAGCCCAGGGGCGCGCCCCAGUGUUCCUCAGCCCCAGGUUGGUGGAUCAUCUCCAGGUACCUGUGUCUCCUCGUGAGAGCCUUUCCUUUUUGGAAUUGAGGCGACUUCCUGAACAGCCUUGCACAGAUGCGUGAAUCUACCCCCCUGGCUUUGAUGGUCGGAAGGCCAGCAGCAUCUCAAGGGCUACAGUCAUGAUUCAUGUUAAUAGAACACAAAUAUCUGAGACACACAUUCUGUGUUUUUUAAUUGCUGGGUAUUCCAGAGUCUGAGUAACUGGAAACUUGACCAUUAUUUCUCAGAACUGUUUUGCCUGCCCUGAGAGUUACUAUGGUGUGAGGCUUAGUAAACUGGUGUGCUCCUCCAAGAAAACCACCACCUAAAUAUAUAUGACUUACAGUCUA